AUCCAAGAAAAUGGGUUCGUUGGACUCAGCUUCUCCAUCUUCUAUCCCGUUUUGGUUUCCUUCCCGUCCUUCAUUCCUUAUCAAGACCAGGCCCCCGCGCUAACCAUGACAAUGGCCUUCUCUUCGUCCCACUCACUCUUUCCCCCUCACAGCCUUCGUCCUUCUGCCCCUCCUCUCUCUCUCAUCUCUUCCUUUUCUCUCAUCCCCAAUCAACAACCCUUCCACCUUUCUACUUCUUUAAACUCUCCGCGGUUCUGUUAUGGUCAGAUACAGUGCUGCAAGAAACAAGCUCGACCCCAUUAUGACCCCAAAGUUGGAGUGUCAGUGUACAAGCCCAAAACCUAUGAAGUUCUCGUCACUGAUGCCGCGAAUUCUCUCGCUUACGCUCUUGAAGACGGAAAGACCCGUCUCGAGAUUGAUUUCCCUAUCUGAAUGUGUGAAGGGAUCUUCAGAUGAGUUUAUUGAUGCCAACAUCCAGCUAGCAUUGGCUGUUGUUAAGAAGCUACAGGAAAGAAGGGAAACCAGGGCUUGCAUUGUGUUCCCUGAUAAGCCAGAGAAGCGUAGAGCCUCUGAACUUUUCAAAGCGGCUUUUGACUCGAUUGAUGGGGUGACCAUAGGUUCACUGGAUGAUGUUCCAAGUGGUCCAAUCACUGCAUUCUUCAAAUCUAUGAGGAACACCCUGGAUUUUGAUUUUGAGGAUGAUAAUGAAGGUCGUUGGGAGUCCAGCAGUGAGCUGCCAUCACUCUAUGUGUUCAUUAAUUGUAGCACACGUGAACUUUCUGUUAUAGAGAAGUAUGUGGAAAAAAUUGCCUUGUCAACGCCCACUCUUCUUUUUAAUCUUGAACUUGACACAUUGCGUGCUGACUUGGGCAUUCUAGGAUUUCCAAGCAAAGAUUUGCACUAUCGAUUUCUUUCUCAGUUCACUCCAGUGUUCUAUAUUCGAAUUAGAGAGUACUCUAAGACAGUCGCAGUAGCACCUUAUAUUGUGAAUUAUAGUGGAGCAUUGUUUCGGCAAUACCCUGGGCCUUGGCAGGUGAUGCUUAAGCAAGAAGAUGGUUCCUAUGCUUGUGUAGCAGAGAGUGCAACUCGUUUUGCACUGGGUGAAACCAAAGAAGAACUGUUGAGGGUCUUGGGACUGCAAGAAGAGCAAGGAAGCUCAUUGGAAUUUCUUCGAAGAGGAUACAAGACAAACACAUGGUGGGAGGAAGAUGCUGAUCUAGAACUGUCUUCUGCAUGGCGAAGUUGAGAUGCAGUAGCACUGAUAGAAACGGAACUUUGAGUGACACAAUUUGAUUGAUCGAGGGUGCGUGGCUGAAAAACAUGAAGAUGGGAAUUGUGACAUGAAGCGUUUCUUUCAAUUGUAUUCAUAAUGUGAUUUUAUACCCCUUAUAAUUUUUCAUUUUUAAAAAUUUCUUGUCUAGUUUGUCACCAUAGGACAUGGAAGAAAUUUAUGUUGCUAUUGUUUAUUUGCCAAGAAAAUGGAGGUGAAGGAGAAACAUAUAUUUAAAGAACUGACCAGAGGACCCUUCAGGAAGACCUCCUUAGCAUGGUAGCAUUGUACAUUGGGGGUUAAAUUAUUAAAUAUAGAAAACCAGUUCAUGCA